AUGGCAUCCGUCGACACUUCAUCGCUCACUGACUUGCGUGAGCAAUAUGACUACAUUAUUGUAGGCGGAGGGACUUCAGGUCUAGUAGUUGCUAGCCGCUUGACCGAAGACCCAGCGGUCAGCGUGCUUGUGCUCGAGGCUGGAAGCAAUCGUGUCAGUGAUCCACGGAUCGCAAUUCCGGGUCUCGCUGCGAGUACCUAUUUUGAUCCUGAGUUUGACUGGUGCGUCACCAGUGUUCCUCAGGUAGGGCUGAAUGGACGAAGUCUCGCCGAACCUCGCGGCCGAACCCUCGGUGGUAGCUCUGCUAUCAAUCUGGGCAUGGUCAUCUACCCCAGCCGGACCGAUAUCGACGCAUGGGAAGAACUAGGCAAUGAAGGAUGGAACUGGAAAUCAAUCUCACACUACCUGAAAAAAUCCCAGACUUUGACCCCGCCUUCCGACGAGAUCAAGCAGGAGCUUUCACUCCAAUACAUCGAUCCGGCCGUUCAGGGUCAAUCCGGCCMACUUCAAGUGUCGUUUGGCGAUGGACCGUUUCCAGCUUUCAAUGGAGCCUGGCCCAAGAUCUUUGAGAAUCUCGGUUACAAGCUGACCGGUGAUCCUAUGUCUGGUGUUGCAAAGGGAGCCUUCUGCGGUCCAGGCAGUAUUGAUCCUACGACCAGAGCGCGGAGCCACGCCGGUGUAGCGUACUAUAAUGUAGAGGUGGCCAAAAGACCAAAUCUCCGGGUCGUUACGGAAGUUCUGGUGGAGAAGAUCCUUCUCGAGAAAGAUGGCGGCAAAGAUGCCAUUGCUACUGGGGUCUUGUACUGUGCUAAAGAUGGUGUCCAGAAGACUGUGUCUGCUAAUCGAGAGGUCGUAAUCGCCGCAGGUUCGAUCAAGACACCGCACUUGUUGGAGCUGUCCGGUAUCGGUAACAGCGCCCUCCUCAAAUCACAAGGUAUCAAGACCAUCAUCGACAAUGCCAACGUCGGCGAGAACCUUCAAGAACACGGCUUUGUUCCAUUCAGCUGGGAAGCCGCGGAAGGCCAGGCCACAGCCGAAGCCCUUCGCAAUCCUGAGAUUGGAGCUGCGGCCAUGGCGGCCUGGCAACAAUCUGGUGCCGGUCCGCUCGGUCUCUGCCCUCUACCCUCUGCAUUCAUGCCACUCCCAGAAUCACAAAAUGGCCAGCUGAGCGCUCUGUUUGAUACGUACUUGAAAGAGGAAGCCAUCUCACCGCUCCUCAAAACACAGUACAAAGUACUUCGACGAAUGCUCGAGGACAGAGAGGAGCCCACAGGGCAAUACACCAUGGCACCCUUCCAAAUUCUCCCCGAAAAAGGACCUAGCCCGAAGGGAAUCUUUGGAAUGACUGAGCCGGAAAACUUUGUCAGUAUCGUCUCAGUUCUUAAUCGUCCCUUCUCUCGCGGAAGCGUUCAUCUCGCUUCUGCCGAUACUAAGGCUCUUCCCGUCUUUGAUCCGGCCUUCUUCUCACAUCCAUUGGACUUGGAGCUUCAUGCCCGCCACGUCCGCUGGUUGGAGACACUUGCUUGGACUGAGCCAUUGGCUUCUCUUCUCAAGGCUGAUGGUCGGCGAUUGCAAAGGUCGUCUCCGGAUAUGAGCCUCGAGACUGCGAAAGAAUUAGCUCGUGACAGAAUUAUCUGCCAUUAUCAUGUCGUGGGUACCGCCGCGAUGUUGCCGCGUGAGCAGGGUGGUGUUGUCGAUUCUCAUCUCAGGGUGUAUGGGACGCAGAAUCUCAGGGUUGUUGAUGCCAGUAUCAUCCCUAUUAUUCCUCGGGGAAAUACUCAGGCUACUGUGUUUGCAGUCGCUGAGAAAGCUGCUGAUCUUAUCAGGGAUAGUCACUAA